AUGGCGGCAGACGAUUGCCCCUCCUCAACGGGUCGCCUUUUUGUAACCGACCGCAGCUCGAACACCCAGUUCUUGGUGGAUACUGGCAGUGACCUUUGCGUCUACCCUCGUUCUGCACUUCGAGAGCGUCGAACCAAGACAGAUUACCAAUUGAGUGCCGCGAAUGGAUCGGUAAUUGACACGUUUGGCUUUAUAGAGCUUAAUUUAAAUUUAGGCUUAAGACGUAAUUUUGCUUGGCGAUUCAUUGUUGCUAAUGUUACCAAACCUAUUAUAGGUGUUGACUUUCUUAGCUUUUAUAAUUUAAUUGUAGAUUGCCGCAAUCAACGCCUUAUUGACAAUACUACUACAUUGUCGUCAAUUGCUUCUUUCGCUAAAGCUGAUAUCUCAUCUAUCAAGGUUUUGACAGGCGACACACGUUAUCACAAUCUUUUAAAGAAAUUCCCUGAAAUAACACGCCCUUCAGGCACGCUGGUGGUUCCAAAGCACAAUACGGUACACUACAUAAGGACUACAACAGGACCUCCCAUAUCAUGUACACCCCGUAGGCUGGCACCUGAUAAACUUAAAAUCGCUAAACAGGAAUUUGAGCUUAUGAUUAAUAAUGGCACCGCACGUCCUUCUAGAAGUCCCUGGGCCUCACCCUUGCAUCUUGCGACUAAAAAAAAUAACGGCUGGCGCCCUUGUGGCGAUUAUCGAAUGCUUAAUACACGGACUAUUCCAGAUCGUUAUCCUAUUAGGCACAUACACGAUUUUUCCCACAGCACCGCUGGUUGUACGGUCUUCUCCACCAUCGAUUUAAUGAAGGCGUACAACCAAAUCCCAGUUUUUGAGGAGGAUAUACAAAAGGCCGCUAUUACUACACCCUUUGGGUUGUUUGAAUUUCCCUUUAUGAACUUCGGCCUGAGGAACGGGAGCCAAACCUUCCAGAGAUUUGUUGACGAGAUGACGCGAGGUCUUGAGUUUUGUUAUGCCUACUUGGAUGAUUUUUUGGUCUUCUCCAAGGACGAAACAGAACACGAAGCCCACCUCCAUCAACUUUUCACUCGCAUGAAGGAAUAUGGCGUUCUUGUCAACACAUCGAAAUGCGUCUUCGGCGCAACCGAGGUAACAUUUUUAGGUUAUCAAAUUUCUGCAUCUGGCACCAAACCUCUUGAAUCCAAGGUCGAAGCCAUAAAGAACUUUUCUGUGCCUAAAACGGUAAGGCAGCUUAGACGAUUCCUAGGAAUGCUCAAUUUUUACAGACGCUUCCUACCUCAGUCAGCUUCAAUUCAAGCCCCUUUGAAUGCACUUCUUGCGGGCUCUGUUAAGGCGUCUCAUCCAGUGAAUCUGACUGGUGACGCACUUUUAGCUUUUAACAGGUGCAAGCAAAGCCUUGCUGAUGCUGCAUUACUCGCACACCCGGAUUGUCGGGCAGAACUGGCGCUAGUAACAGACGCGUCCGACCUGGCAAUGGGUGCAGUUUUGCAGCAAUUAAAAGGUGGGGAAUGGCAACCGUUAGCAUUCUUCUCGCGGAAGUUGAGUCCCUCUCAACAAAAAUAUUCGCCUUACGACCGCGAGCUCUUAGCAAUAUACGAAAGCAUCAAAUACUUUCGUCAUAUGCUAGAGGCUAGACAUUUCGUGGUGUUUACAGACCAUAAGCCGCUCAGUUAUGCUUUCAACGAAAGGAAAGCUAAUUGUUCGCCUCGGCAAUAUCGUCACCUUGAUUAUAUCUCGCAGUUUACGACCGACAUUAGACAUAUAUCGGGAAAAGAUAAUGUCGUCGCUGACCCACUGUCACGUGUCGAAGAACUGCAGAUACCUAUCGACUUAGACGUGCUUGCUUCGUCUCAAGCAUCUGAUCGAGAGCUGACUCAACUGCUGGGAGGUGAAUCUUCACUCCGCCUGGAAAAGUUGAGAAUUCCAAACUCUCAACUGCAACUUUAUUGUGACGUCAGCAAGUCUACACCUAGGCCUUUUGUUACCAAGCCGUUGAGGAGACAACUCUUUGACAGUCUUCACAGCUUAAGCCAUCCAGGCGCCAAUGCUAGUGCUAAAUUAGUAGCAGAGCGGUUUGUCUGGCCUGGCGUUCGUAAAGACUGUCGUGAGUGGUCUCGACAAUGCUUGGCGUGUCAGCGCGCUAAGUCACAUUUCGUCACCAUUAGGCACGUUUGA